AUGUUUGAACUGCUCUUGUGGCUUAAUAAGAUGCUGCUUAUAGCAAUCAUGCUGCUACUUCUUCGUGUAUGGCAAGUGGUUAUCCCGCUGCGCAUAAAGGUUACACAACGUCAUGUUCGCGUUAUGGCGGUUUUGGGCUCAGGGGGUCACACGACGGAGCUGUUGAAGCUCAUGAAGAGACUCAAGCGAGACGUGUACACCCCUUUUACUUUUGUAGUGGCAGAGACGGACAAAACUAGUCAAGUCAAGACCGAGUUGGACUGGAAACCCGCAGAAAUUGAUUCGUUUGCAACUAUUCCUCGUAGUCGAGAGGUUGGACAAUCGUGGUUCUCUUCAGUAUGGACGACGUUGCAAUCAUUUAUAUCAUGUUUACAUUUGGUCUACAAUCGUCGUCCACAGCUAGUACUAUGCAAUGGUCCAGGCACUUGUAUCCCCAUUUGCGCGGCGGUGCUGCUGUUCCGAGUCUUUGGCGUGCAAACGGACUCGAAGAUCAUUUUUUGCGAGAGUUUUGCGCGUGUAACGCAUUUGUCUCUCACUGACGGAACGGGGUGCUUGCUUGAUGUUACACGCAAAUCUCAUAUUGGUGUUGUUUCAUACAACUAG